UGUUAUCGAUGCCGCUUCCAAAAAAUCAAGUGCUCCGGUGAGAAGCCGUGCUCGAGAUGCCGAAGAUCUGGCCAUGCGACCCAAUGCAGAUACACAACCCGAGAUCGCAAGAUAAAGGUGGAUGAAAGUUAUCUGGAGCAGCUUAUCCAAGACAGUCAGGAACUGCAUGCACGAGGUAGGGCAUCUCAUAGACCCCAAUCCACGGGGGAUGGAGAGGCUCUCAACUCAUCUCCAGGAAGUACUCAGAUCGCGCAGGAUUAUACUAUUGGCGAAGCUCCAUGGUUCCAAUCUCACGAAGCGUUUGCUCUUCCAAUAUAUACCAGCGAAGCGUCUUCCUCUGCUUUUGCUACCCGCCUGUGUCAAUUUUUAAGAGGUUCAGACGCACAGCCAUUACAUCCCCCACGGCGGCGGUAUAUCGAUGAAUCAGCCUUGGAAUCAUUGCUCAAUGUGGGCAUCGAGUGGCCUAGUCUAGCGAGCGCGAGGUUAUUAGUGAAGACUGCACUUGGCCAUCUCAAUCCAGCUUUUCAUCUGGCAUUAAAGAAAGAAACUCUUGAUGCACUUCAUACUAUCUACCAAAAAGAGGAUUUUGAUAAUCCGAGCCUCAAGUGCAGAUAUUUUGCUAUGUUUGCCAUAGGACAGGUCUAUACUACGCCCUCUGAUCCCUCCAACAUCCAAACUGUUCCUGGGUCAACUUAUUUUGCCGAAGCCCUGAAUCUCCUCAAGAUCGUACCAGAACGUCCAAGUAUGAUUCACAUCGAAAGCCUUAUUUAUUUGGCAUACUUUUGUCAGUUUCUCAAUAGAUUCAACUCAUCAUAUCUCCUACUGGGCAAUGCACUACGACUCAGUGUAAGCGCAGGCUUGAACUACAAUGUCCCCCUGAGUCAAAAUCUGCAUCCAAUUGAACGCGAGCAUCGUGUUCGCAUAUGGUGGUCGAUCUACGUACUCGACCGCUACUGGGGAUCCAAACUGGGCUUUCCUGUUCAGAUCCACGACGAUGACAUUGAUGUCGAUCUACCAUCGAGAGAAGCCUCAGAAACUUACAGUGAUCAAUUCACAGAUAGUGCAUACCAAGUUGCGGCUAUUGAGCUCGCGAAGAUCACUGGAAAUACAACGACGGAGAUAUACAGCCGGAAAAGGUCGACUGAGAGCUUCUUGCAGCGCGAGCAGAAGCUCUUGAUUCAAUUAAAACAGUGGAUACAAAGGCUUCCUGAACAUUUACGGCUGCAUGAUGAAAAGCAGAAUUCUAAACACACUGUGCUUCUUCACUUGCAAUUCAGCUAUUGUGUAAUUCUGGCAAUCAGGCCCGUUAUUCUAAAGUUUCUCGUUUGGCGUACCCGGAACUCAACCCCAGCUUCAAACCCAAGCGAUGAUCUCACGCCGAUUUUAGCUACCUUGAGCGAAGCAUGCAUCCACUCUGCAAGAUAUUCAAUAAAACUAUGCCUAGAUGAGUGGACUGGUGGAUCACUAGCAGUAUAUGGCUAUGCUUUCCCAGUAUUCAUCUUUUCCUCAGCUGUAGUCUUGGUCAUAUCAAGCCUACUACCAAUGGGCAACUCAAGUGACAUCGCCUCAGUCGACACAGCAACCGAGAUGCUGAAAUCUCUCAGCUCAACUGAAAAUCUAGCAGCGAAAGAUUUCUCAGAACACCUGUCACGGGUGAGACAGUGCUUUGAUGAGUAUCAUCCUCCGCCAAUUACAAGAACUGCUGUUGUUGUUCCUGCGAACUUUAGCUCUGGAUAUUCAAGCCCAGAUCCAAAUCUAUGGCCAUAUAUCUCGGCUUCAGUACAAGAGCCGAAACAGUCUUCCAAUUCUAAUUCUGGAACUGGGUUUACGACUCUGCUACCAACUAAUACUACUACUACUACUACUACUACUACUACUACUACUACUACUGCUGCUGCUGCCAGUGAUCUCAUAUUUCAGCCGGAUUUAACGACUGAGAUGGCUCUUCAUUCUUCGCUUAUGGAGGAGUUCUUGACUCAGUCUACUAUAGAUGAUGGGUCUCUGGGGCUUCCGGGGUUUCCGGGGACGUUGAAUGAUUUUGAUGCCAUGGAUGCGAUGUUCUUUUGA